AUGACCGGCACGGCCGUGGCCACGCAGACGACGGCCGCGUUCCGCCGAAACCGCCCUUUGGGCUUGUGUGGCACCUGCGGAAAAAGGAAAUCAGUACAAAUCAAGUUUGGCCAGUUAGCAGAAGUAAGGCCCGACGGCCGAGCCUCCGACUUCUCCGUCCCCAAACCGCUCGCGGAACGGAUGGCCAAAGAAAGACCGACGCCUUAA